UGUGCCCUUAUUCAAAGAGCCGGUGUCCUGACGAUCAGACCGCGGUAUCCUACUUGUUUAUAUUUGAAUUUUACCGAACUCACUGUUUACAAAACACCGCUCAAUCGCGUCUCGUCGUUCUUGUUUUUCGAACAGGAAAAAUAAUACUUUGGACGAGGUGCGUUUUUCCCGUGUUUUUUUUCCCGGCUAAGCGAUCUGGAUCUAUCGGGUUUUUCCCUCUGCAACGUGGAUCACGCGGCUGCGACCAGCGGAUCAUAACAAUACUAAGAUCAGACCAGAGAAACACGGUCCUCUCUCCUUGGAUUUACAGACAUGCUGCUUUCAAAGUUUAAUUCCUUCACCCACAUCUCCUCGGUGGAUAUGCCGGCGAAAAACCAGCUCCAAGUGAAGGACAGGGAGACGUUUGAGAAGAUCUACCAGGUUGGCGGAGUGCUGGGCAGCGGGGGCUUCGGCACCGUGUAUUCCGGGAUACGAGUGGCCGACGGAUCACCGGUUGCUGUCAAACACGUCGCCAAGGACAGGGUAUCCGAGUGGGGCGAAUUGCCUAACGGCUCUCGCGUCCCCAUGGAGAUCGUGCUCUUGAAGAAGGUCGGCGCGGGAUCCCGCGGCGUCAUCAAGAUGCUCGACUGGUACGAGCGACACGACAGCUUCAUCAUCGUCAUGGAGCGGCCGGAGAACGUCAAGGAUCUGUUCGACUUUAUCACCGAAAAGGGUGCCCUGCCCGAGGAGCUGGCCAAGAACUUUUUCCGCCAGGUGCUCGACGCCGUGCGCCACUGCCACAACUGUGGCGUAGUGCACCGGGACAUUAAAGACGAGAACAUCCUCAUCGACCUCCGCACCGGGGAAAUGAAGCUCAUCGACUUCGGAUCCGGGGCCCUGCUCAAGGACACCGUCUACACAGACUUCGACGGCACGAGAGUGUACAGCCCGCCCGAGUGGAUCAAGUACCACCGCUACCACGGUCGCUCGGCAACGAUGUGGUCUCUAGGCGUGCUGCUCUACGACAUGGUGUGCGGUGACAUCCCCUUCGAGCACGACGAGGAGAUCCUCCGCGGCCAGGUGCUGUUCCGGCGCAGAGUGUCCACAGAAUGCGAGCAGCUCAUCCGCUGGUGCCUGUCUUUACGGCCCGCCGACCGGCCCUCCUUCGAGGACAUCAUCAACCACAGCUGGAUGCAGGGCUCCGCCUCCUCCUCCUACUCCACCUCCGCCAUCAUCACACACCUCCAGCAGCAGCAGCCCGCCGCCGGCACGCAGGCCGAGAAGACGGUGGCCGCCGUGCCGACCACGGCCGCCACCGAGCUGCGGCUGCACAGCAUCGCCCACGAGGCGGGACCCCCCGCCGUGGCGGUGGCGCAGUGACUUGCCCCCCGACGUCCGCCCACAGCCGGGCGGACAGGAAUCGAUUGAAACGGACUGGGCCUCUGAGUGACAUCAGAGCGGCCGCACAGUCGCCGGGCGCUUCGCCGUGCCCCCCCCCGCCCCCCCACCCCCUCCACCUCCCCUCCCCUCCCCCGUCCCCACCCGGGACGGACGGACGGACGGACGGAACAGACUCAGCGCGGUAGAAGUCUACCAGCGCAGGGAAAGGCGAGAGAGAGAUCGCAAAAGACUGUGACCCCCCCGCCCCCCCGCCGCAAGCUGCCCGCCGAAGAAGACGCAGCAAACAGCCCUCCCCUUCGAAUGGGAAUGCCGCACGUUGAUUGUGUGUGGCGUCUGGGUUCGUUUAGGCCAGGCCUGGGGGGGUUGCCGGCGUGUGUGUGUAUGUGUGUGUGUGUCUGCACACAGAGAGGGAAGGCUGAGAAGGGGGGCGAGAGCUCCGUCCCUCUCACGCUGUCAGGGGGAGCCGGAGAGACCCAGAGAGACUAUUUCAAUAAGUGCCUUUGCUGUGUGUCUGUCGUGGGGGAGGAGGGAGUGUUGGUCCUGAAAAUACUUGAAUACUCAGAGAGCACGGAAGCCCUGUUUUUUUACGAGCUGUUUGUUUCCUAGCCGGCUCUCUUUAAGAGCUUCUCUUAGCUGUUUUUUUUUUUUUUUGUAUUCUCCUCAUGGGCCUAGAUCAGUGAAGCCUAUGCCUUUUAUCGCCAUAACGACCACUACUACCACCACCGCCACCACUACUUACUACUACUACUACUGCGUACUAGAAACACCCAGCUCAAAUGUCACCCGCGACCGGACAACCUCAUAUUAGCAAACAGCUAAGACAGCCCGGGUCUGUGAGCAAACAAAACCUGAUACACUGGACUUACCUACCUGCCUUCUUCUUACUACAAAACACGCACACACACACACACCUUUACGCUACAACACAGCCCGGCCCCGCCCACCUCCUACUGUAAACAAAGGGCUCAGAGAGCCAGGGCGUGGGAGAAGGGCGGGGCCUCUUCUGCUGCCGCCACCUAGGGACCCCGCCUUUAAGAGGGAGGGCCCCUCCCUUAGGGCACAUUGGCAAUGCAUCACACACACACACACCACCGCCCAAACCACCAACACCACAGCCACAACACCUUCCGCUCUGCUCCUUCUUCACACACAUAGACACACACACACACAUACACACACACACACACACACACACACACACACGAGCAAUCGAAAGAAAACAAAAGGAGAUUAAUGUUAUGGUAUUUCUGUUCAAAAAAGAAAAACAAACACAGUGCCUCAAACGCAUCCUAAUUUGCUUUUGUGAAUAACGAGAAUAAUAAUAAGAGUAUUUAUUAUUGUUGCGGUGAAUUUAUUUUUUUCACCCAGACAAUGAUGUUUUUAUUUUUUAUUGUGGAAUUGUAUUUAUUAUAUUUUAUUUAUGAGAAAGAUUUGGGGCUAUAUCCGUGUAAUUCAUUCCACAGUUAUUGAAGGGCGCACAUAUUCUACAAACGGAAAACAAAAAACCACACACAACACAACAGAACAUUAAAUUGCUGACCAUAUUUAUGACUUUUAAUUUGAAAGAACAGAUGUGUGCGUGUGUGUGUGUCUUUGUCUAUGUCCUGUGUGUAUCUAUACAUGUUUCGUGUAACAAUGUCCCGAAAGCACUUCCAUUUUAAUGUAUGUGAACUUUGCCUACUGAUGGGAACUGGUUCAGUUGCCCCCUGGUCUACCGUGUGGGGGACCGCCUGGAGUGUGUGUGUGUUUGUGUGUCUAUGUGUGUGCAGUUGAGUGUGUGUUCAUGUUUGUGUCACGUCGAGUUGCAUGAUUGUGACAUGAAUCGUUUGUACGUCUGUUCGUUUCAAUGUCAAAAUAGAACUGCAAAUGAUGUUAGAAGCUAUUUUUAUACGAUUUCAAUAAAUAUUGUUUUUUAAAUCUUAAA